GUCUUGGCAAUCAAACAGAAGCACAUAAUGAAAGUCACUUUUGGUGUCAGAAAUCUUCAGUGAGCCUUUUUGCUCAGAAGAAUGAUUGUUGCCAUAAUUUAAAAGUAAGGGUGUUGAAUGACAGAAUGUCCUACAGGGAUUUGAUAGUAGGAAUAAUCUUCUUGUCACAGACCAUAGUUGGAAUUGUGGAAAAUUUCUCUCUUCUUUACCAUUAUCUGUUCCUUUACCACACUGAAUGCAGGGUGAGGUCCACCCAUUUGAUUCUCAGGCACCUCACUAUAGCCAACUCCUUGGUCAUUCUCUCUAAAGGAGUCCCCCACACUAUGGCAUCUUUUGGGUUGAAACAUUUUUUCAAUGAGUUUGGAUGCAAACUUCUUUUCUGUGUUCAGAGGGUGGGCAGGGGAAUGUCCAUUGGCAGCACCUGCCUCUUGACUGUGUUCCAGACCAUUAUGAUCAGCCCUAUGAACUCCUGUUUGAAGGAGUUUAAAGUCAAAGCCCCAAAGUACAUUGGCUUCUCCAUUUCCCUCUGUUGGAUCCAGUUCAUGUUUGUAAAUUUAGUUUUUCCUCUGUUAUAUGUGUUUAGCAACCGGAGCAUGAAAAACUUCACAAAGAAAGGAGAUUUGGGCUACUGUCUUGCUGUAGAUCACGACACAAUCACAGUUUCCGUAUAUGCAGUGUUGAUAGUACUUCCUGAAGCUUCCUUGUGUGGUCUCACAAUCGGGGCCAGCAGCUCCAUGGUCUUACUCCUGCACAGACACAAGCAGCGGGUCCAGCACAUUCACAGCACUAAUGUCACCCCCAGAUCCUCUGCUGAGUCCAGAGCCACCCAGAGCAUCCUCGUCCUCGUGAGCACCUUUGUGUCUUUCUACUUCAUCUCCUCUGUCUUUCAUGUUUGCGUUGCUCUUCUUUGUAAUCGCAGCUGGUGGCUGGUGAACACCGCUGCCAUGAUUUCUGUGUGUUUUCCAACUGUCUGCCCCUUUCUGCUUAUGGGCCGGAACUCUGCUAUAUCCAGACUCUGCUUCGCAUGGAUAACAAAUAUAACAUUUCCUAAUCUUAUCAGAAAUAUGUGAAGUGAAUGUUUUUCACACCAUAUUUAGUUCUUGAUGCAUCACCAUCAAAAACUGAGUUCAGGAAGUAGAGGAGAAAUGCCAUGUCUUUUACAUUACACACUUAAUGCGCACUGGGCUUUUUCUUCAGCUGGUUGAACGAGGAACCUGCAUUUCUGUAGCGGAGGUGAAUAAAGCAGCUUGACCUCAUAAACUUAAUCAAAUGGUGUUUACACAAAAUUUAAUAGACU